AUGCGAUACUUCCGUCUUUUGCGAUGGUGUCGUCGCCCAUUUCCUCUACACUCCACCUCUCUCUCUCUCUCUCACUCUCUCUCUCUCCCUUUAUCUCUCAUCAUCUCUCUCCACAUCUCUCUCCCUCCCUUCUUCUCUCUUCCCUCUCUCUCCUCUCACCCUUUCUCUCCCCCUUUGUCCCUCUCUCUCGAUUUAUCUCUCAUCAUCUCUCUCCCCAUCUCUCUCCCUCCAUCCCUUCCUCCCUCCCUCUCUCUUCCCUCUCUCUCUCUCCUCUCACCCUUUAUCUCCCCCCCCCUUUGUCUUUCUCCCUCUCACUCUUUCUUUCUCGGGAUCAAUAUUUAUAUAUGUAUUCAUGUGCGUGUGCGUUUAUAUGAAUGGUUAGAAGGCUAUUUGGCAUCAUUGUCGAAUACAUCAGCAACUUGGUGGACAGGUUUAAAUGACCGGAAUGUGGAAGGAGUAUGGAAAUGGGCCGAUGAUAGUCAAACACCACCGGACAUGUCACUGAUCAAAUGGAAUGGUCAGCCAGAUAAUAAAAAUGGUAACGAGAAUUGUGCGGCCAUUUUUUACGAAGGGCGGUACGCCGAUUUAAACUGCAAUACACCAGCCUCUUUCAUUUGCAAGAAAUCACUGACAGGUGGCGCAAACAAAAUACAAACGAAUACAUUUUCAUUUUUAUUUCUUGUCACGGCGUUCAGCACUCUUUUACUCAAAUAA